AUGGGGUCCCACGCACCGCUUGCCUCCGCCCGGUCCGCCCCGCCCCGCCCCGCCGUCGGACCCGCUGCUCUCACAUUCUCCCCAGCAUCAACAUAUCUCAUCACCGGCGGACUUGGCUGUCUGAGACUCUCCGUAGCUCAGUGGAUGGUCAGUCAAGGGGCGAGACGUAUCCUGCUGCUUUCUCGUCGGUCUCUGCCGCCACGCUCCACCUGGACCGCCUCGCAUAAACCCGAGACCCAGUCCAUCAUCCAAAGUAUCCUCUCUCUUGAACGCCUCGGUGCUACUGUUCACUCCCUCUCCAUCGACAUUGCUCAUCCAUCUGCAAUAAUCAACCUCCGCUCAGUCCUCACCAUACUCAACCUCCCACCCGUCGCCGGCGUAGUCCACGCCGCUGGCCUCCUCCGUGACCAGCUCAUCGAGAAAAUCACUCCAGAGGCCUUCGAAGCCGUCCUCGCGCCUAAGGUUGCAGGUGCUUUGGCUCUGCAUGCGGUCUUCCCUCCCAACUCCCCUGGCCUGGACUUCUUCGUCCUCUUCUCUUCUUGUGGCCAACUCUUGGGAUUUCCGGGUCAAGCUUCGUACGCGAGUGGAAAUUCGUUCUUGGACGCUUUGGCACGAUCACGCAGAAAGGAUGGUGAUAAUGCCAUCUCGCUUCUUUGGACCUCUUGGCGGGGCAUGGGUAUGGGAGCUAGUUCCAAUGGAGCCCUUGAGGCAGAACUGUAUGCUCGUGGAAUCACGGAUAUGACUCCGGAUGAGGCGUUCCGGGCUUGGGAUUCAAUCUCUGCCAGUGAUGGUGCCGAUCAUGGAGUGGUUCUUCGUGUCCGACCGCUUGAAUCCAUGGAGCCGCUGCCACAUGCGAUCCUGAGAGAUAUUGUAGCGAGGAAAGAGAGCGUUCCUGAUGAGCUAACUGGUGAGAGGGGAGAACAGAGGAAGACGUUGACUGGCACAAAGUUGGCGGAAUAUUUGCGUGUCGUUGUGAAAAAGUGUGUGUCGAUAGAUGAGACAGUGGCGUUGCCAGAGAUGGGUAUGGACUCUGUCAUGACGGUGAGUUUUGGGCCAACGUUGGUGUAG